UUCUCCUCUCCCUCUCCUUUCUCUCUCUAUACUCUCUCUCUAGAGAAUUACAGUUCGCCGGAAAAUGAGAUCGGAACCGUCGUCGAUCUUCUUCGCCGGUCGUGAUGACUAUGCACAACAAGAAUCUCAUUUCCUUGAUUCAUGUUUCCUUUGCCAGAAAUCUCUCGGAAAGAACUGCGAUAUCUUCAUGUACAGAGGUAAUACGCCGUUUUGUAGUCAGGAAUGUAGACAAGAACAGGUAGAGAUUGAUGAAGCUAAACAGAGGAGAUGGAAGAGGAAUUCUGUUAAGAAGAGUUCAGAUUCGACGACGACGACGACGAUAACGACGACGAGUAAAUCUUCAUCGAGUCCGAGUAAAGAUGUAAGGAAUGAAAUAGUUGCUGUAGUUGUUUGAUCGAAACUUUGUUGUUUAUAAUAUAUAUGUUAUGUAGAUCAAUAAUUGAGAUGAUGAUGAUGAUGAAUAUGAUGAUAAUUCUCAUGAUUGAUCAUGGAAUGUGACAAUUUUGAUUGU